GGAGCCAUCACACGCCAACGGCGAGUCGUCCAAGAACACACAACAGAGCCUCCGCAUUGUACAGCCCGCCCGCAGCUAACCCCCCCUGCCUCCCUCCUCCAGUCCGCGCUAAACCGACGACAUGGAGUGCAUGAAGUUGUCCGAGUACCAGACCAAAGUUUUGGAGGAGAAUUUUAAACCUGGCAAGGUUCCCGACGCGACGACGCUCACGCUGGUGGCCGCCGAGUGUGGACUUUCGGAGGAGGAGACGCAGAAAUGGUUCAAGCAGCGCACGUCUCAGUGGCGCCAGGCCGAGGGUCUUCCGGCUGAACUGGGCUCUGUGUUGGAUUGAGAGCCACCCACAACCCAUCAUUCCACCCCCCCCCCCAACUCCUAUUUGGACCUUUCUCCUGGAACUUCCUCUUCCUCCUGACUCUUUUCAUUUGAUCUAUGAAGCUGUUUGAAUUUAUGGAUUGUGAAGGUUCUUGUGUGCUGUUGACUAUAUAACCAAUGUGUUUACAUGAAAUUAUUGUGAAUAAAUUAAGCGUUAACAUGG